CUAGAACUUGCGCAGAAUAUAAUCAUGUCUGUAUCAAUUGGGUUGGAUGAUUUCGUUCCCUGGCUCGCGGCUCAGAGCGCUCCAGAGAAAGAUGUCCAGUUCUUUCAACGUACACCAUGGACACGGAAACUCAUUGAAAACCCUCUUUUCAGGGCUGUCCCAUGUCCCACUCGCCUAAUCACGCCCGGGACGAGUCACAAUGCAUUCAUCGCAAAAACCAUCAACAAGCCUUCUUGCGUCCAACAUUGGCUCAUGCUCACUCGAAAGCAGUUUUCCACGCCGAAAGAGGUUGCAAGGGGCACACUUGCUCAGUCGAGAUUUUCUCCCAAUGCUGAGACUUACAACAUCGAUGACUCCGAGUUUAUUAUGCUCUUGGAUGUUGGAGAAGACCUAGACGGAUUUGCAGGACGCGUACAAGGUGGUGUCUUAUGUGCAAUACUCGAUGAGGCAUUAAGUAUUUGUGUCGAAUAUCACCGGCAAGCCUCUAGCUCUAGCAGAGCACCGCUUUACACCGUUCAAUUGAACACCACAUUUCGUGACGGAGUCAAUACCCCUGGUCUCAUCGCUGUCAAGAGCUGGAUUGUGGCGAAAGAGGGGAGGAAGUGGUUGAUCAGAGGACAGAUCUGUGACGCGCAAGGCCACGUCCUUACCCAGGCAGAAGGAAUCUGGGUCUCUGCUGCUGAGAAUAAGCUGUGAGUUCUCUUGGUGUUCCGUGCCGAAACGCAAGGUUCAGUUGAAAGGGUCAAGCUCGGUGCGGUUGGGCCUUCUUGCGCUGGACAAGGUCAUGAGCUUUAUGACUUACCCUCGUCAUUUUGGUCAAAAAGCGCUGGCAGUAGAAAAAGGAAUAUUUAUAGACCUGGUGCUAUGCAACUUGAUGCGUUGUCUGAGACAACUUGAGCCACAUCUGCCAAUGGAAAUCACUAUACUUUCGCUUGCA